AUGACGAGCGUACUCAUUACCGGUGUCUGCGUCACCGCCAUGACGUACUGCAUCUACCUCGCCGUCUUUCGAAAACGCCACGCCCACAACCUCCCCCCCGGCCCCAGGGGCCUCCCGAUCCUAGGCAACAUGCGAGACUUCCCGCCCGGCGGCAGGCCCGAGUAUCAGCACUGGAUCGCGCACAAGGACCUCUACGGCCCCGUCAGCUCCGUCCGCGUGCUCGGCCAGACCAUUGUCCUCGUCCACGACCGAGACGCGGCCCACGAGCUGCUGACGCGCACGUCGUCCAAGUCGUCGGACCGGCCGACGUCCGAGUUCGCCACGAACCUCUGCGGCUACGGACGCCUGUUCGUCCUCCGCGGAGACGACGCGCGCUUCCGGCGCUGUCGGAAAAUGGUGCACCAGCACCUCGGCACCGCGGCGUCGGCGUCGAGGUUUGACGAGGCGCAGGACGCGGCCACGCGCAGGUAUUUGCUACAGGUGCUCAAUAGCCCAAACAGCCUGUUUAGGCAUCUCGCAAACCACGCCGGCGGCUCCGUGUUGAGAAUCACCUACGGCUACGCGACGAGCAGCGCGGCCGAGGCCGACCCCCUCAUCGAGCUGAUUGAGCUGUCCGUGUCGCAGCUCGGGCUGGCCAUUGUGCCCGGCGCGUGGGCCGUCGACGUCGUCCCGGCCCUCAAGUAUCUGCCUGCCUGGUGCCCCGGGGCCGGCUUCCAGCAGACGGCCAGGCGGUUCGGCAAGGUGGCGCAGCAAAUGGCCAGUGUGCCGUUCGAGUUUGUCCUGGGCCGGAUGGCGUCGGGCACGCAGCGCGAGUCGUUUGUGUCGCGGCUCGUGGCUCAGCAUCGCGAGGCGGCGCCCGGCGGGACGCUGACGCCCAGGGACGAGGACGAGAUCAAGACCACCGCCGCCGUCAUGUACCUCGGGGGCUCGGAUACCAUUGUCACCGCGCUGCGAGUCUUUGUCCUGUGCAUGAUCCUGUUCCCCGGCGUGCAGCGCAGGGCGCAAGAGGAGAUUGACUCGGUCCUGGGGCCGCGCCGGCUCCCUGCCGCUUCGGACCGUCACAGGCUGCCCUAUGUCGACGCCCUGGUCAAGGAGGCGUACCGGUGGUCGCCGGCGGUCCCGCUUGGCUUGGCGCAUGCUACUUCGGAAGAGGCGGUGUGUGGGGGAUAUCGUAUCCCCAAGGGCGCCAUCAUCAUGCCGGCCGUGUGGUGGUUUCUGCACGAUCCGGAUGUGUAUCCCCGGCCGGGCGAUUUCGACCCCGAGCGGUUCCUGGAGCCGCGGAACGAGCGCGACCCGCGUCUGGACGCGUUUGGCUAUGGGCGCCGGUUGUGUCCGGGGAGGUAUGUGGCCGAUACUAUUCUGUAUCUGACGUUUGCGCAGACGCUCGCCGCGUUUGACAUUGGCAAGGCCGUCGACGGGCAGGGGAAAGAGAUUGACGUGGAACUGGAGCUUGGCUGUGGAGUGGCCUGCUUUCCAAAGGAGUUUCCGUAUGCAAUUGCGCCGAGGAGUCCGGCGCAUGCUGAUAUGAUUAGGCGGAUGGAUGCUGGGAGGCUGGGAGAGGCUACUGACUUGGAUUGUCUGGACAUACGAGCAAUGAUGAGGAAAUGGGACGACUAG